GAGAUGGCAGAGGAUGUCGCCACCCCUCUGCGCCGGGGGCCAUUGAUUGUCAGUCAGAGCCCCAUCGUGAAGAGUUUUCCGCACGCUAAGGACCCCGAGCAGACCUACAGGCGCAGCAAGGGCAAAGGCAAAGGCAAGACGAAGGACAGGGAAGGCAAAGGCAAGACGAAGGACAGGGACGACACCAGCGAAGGAGAAAAGGAGCAGGAGGAAGGACAGAGCAACAAAGGCAAAGGCAAAGCGAAGGGCGCCAGCAAGGGCAAAGCCGCGGGUGAAGGAAAGGGUAAGCCCCUGAAGGGGCAGGAGGAGGACGGACGCGGCAGCAAAGGCAAAGGCAAAGCUAAGCUGACGCCCGCGACGAAGGAGGACAGCAGCAAAGGAACACAGGGCAAAGCUGCGGGCAAAGCUGCGGGCAAAGGAAAGACAAGCCCAAAGGAGCAGGAGGAGGGUGGACACGGCAGCAAAGGCAAAGGCAAAAAGGAGCAGGCGCCUGCGACGAGGGAGGUCAACAGCAGCAAAGGAACAAGUGGCAAAGCCGCGGGCAAAGGGAAGACAAAGGAGCAGGAGGAGCUGGGUGGGCACGGCAGCAAAGGCAAAGGCAAAGCAAAGGACAAGCAGGCCCCCGUGACGGAGGCCAACGGCAGCAAAGGAGGCAAAGCCGCGGGCAAAGGAAAGACAAGCCCAAACGAGCAGGAGGAGGACGGACACGGCAGCAAAGGCAAAGGCAAAGACAAGCAAGCGCCC